GCCCGAAUGACGCAGGAGCUGAGCGAGACCGAGAUCACUGAAUUCCGCGAGAUUUUCAACCUCGUCGACCGCGAUCGCGGCGGGUCCAUCACCAAGGUCGAGCUCGGCGAGCUCAUGGACACGCUCGGGAUCAACACGUCGCCGGAAGAGAUCGACCUCAUGAUCAACGAGAUCGACCAAGACAGCAACGGCGAAAUCGACUUUGAUGAGUUUGUGGCCGUCAUGAGCCGCAAGGUGAAUGCCACGUACAGCGCCGACCAAGUCAAAGCGUCUUUCAAGAUGUUUGAAAAUCCGAGCACGCCAGGAUGUAUCCGCGUCGAGCGGCUCGUGAGUGCGCUCACGACAUACGGCAGCGACAAGAUUUCCGAAGAGCAGGCACGGGAGCUCAUCUGCCAGUUGGAGCCGGACUCGAACGGGCUCGUCAAUUAUGAAGAAUACGUCAACAUGAUGAUGACCAAAUAAGAAAUGCACACGAAGCGUGGCGUCGUUUCCACUCUCGUUGUCCAUCCAUCCAUCCACUGCC